AUGCCACUGUCAGAAAUUCCUAAUAUACAUCUACUCAAAAUUUCUGACGAACUUAAAAAUGUAGUCAUCAAUACUCAAUCAUCUACUUCGAAAAACUCUAACGGUUCUUCAACUACAAAGUCGUCUUAUUUCUAUUACGCAAAUGAUAUUAUUCUCUAUGUCAAUGGGAUGUAUCAAGAAAAUAAUGUAAAUAUGUGUACACUUUGUCAAAAAUGCAGUUAUGGUUUAUCGAAAGAACAGAUUUCUAAAUUUUCAGUAGCAAACAACAUGUGGUUACAUGAUAUUCCUGUUGAGCUACAAGGACUGACUAUCCCAGAAGAAAAAUUGAUAUCAUUACACCGUCACAAUAGUUGUAUAAUAAAACUGCAGUCACCUUUUCAUUCAAUGGCGACUGCUCAAGGUGCAUUAAAAGGCAAUUGUAUUACAUUUCAUCAAAAUACACCAAACAUUGUUAAUAGUCUACCACUUAGAAUGGUCGAUCUCUGUGACACUCUCAAAGUGAUUUUUAUUGAAGCCCGUCCUCCAGAGCGUCUUCAACUCAAAAGAGUUCUUACAGUGCGAAAGAAAAAUAUUGUUGAAGCACUGCGUUGGUUGAAAAAAUACAAUAUACUUUAUAAGAAUAUCGAUAUAAAUCUAGAUAAUAUCGCACAACUACCUGAAGAUGAUAUACCAGAACCCAUAAUGACAACAAUGGAACAGAUAUUAAAUGAUAAAGAAGUGCCAUCGGAAAGAGCUGGAUAUAUUCCUGAUGCAUUAUCUAACUCAACAGAAUUGAAUAUCUCAGAUGUCAUUCCUAUUAAUAACAGAGCUGUCCUCGACGUGAAUGGUUCAUCAAUAUCUUCCGAAGAAAUAAAUGAUUAUCUUCUAAAGAAAAUCAAAAACGGUGGAACAAAUGAUGAAAUGAAUGUUGAAAAUAUUUACUUGAUUCCUCAUUCUUCCAAACCUGUCAAUGAAUAUUUUAAUCCUAAACUAUUAGCAGGUCUCUAUCCAACGCUAUUCUGUUAUGGACUUGGAGCACCUGAAGAUCAAACACGCCCACUCACCAUAAACUUACGAGAACAUAUACGUUAUCUUUUAUCCUACAAUGAUCGACGUUUCGAAAAAAAUCAUAGUUUUAUAUUUGUAGUUUUUAAUUUAUUGCAAAGACGUGAUGCAUGUUUCCAUGCUCAACUUAUAGCAACAAAACCUUAUUUUCGAUCUUCCGCUCAAGAAAUUCAUUCAUUGAACACUAGUGAUAUUGAGGCAACUCUUAAAAAUAUUUCUACAAGAACAUACAAUAAAGGAUCUAACAAGGCUUUAGGUAAACUGGUAAAUCAUAUUAAAACAAUUGGUGGUCGAGUUAUGGGUUCAGCAUAUUCACGUACAUCCUUACGUACACAUCUUCAUGCAAUGAUUUUUAAUCAAAGUCUGCCCAAUAUAUUUCUCACCCUCAAUCCAGCUGAUAUUCACAGUCCCGUAGCAUUAUAUUCUGCAGGUGUGAAACUUGAUUUGGACAAUGUUCAAGCAAAACAACUUAUGGACGCAUACAAGCGUGCCGAAAUUAUCGCUUCUCAUCCUGUUGCUACUGCCAAAUUUUUCCAUAUAUUGAUUUCUAAUAUCUUAGAUACAAUGAUUCUUGGUGGUGUAGUCGGUUCUGUGAAAGCAUAUUUUGGUACUGUUGAAAGUCAAGGACGAGGUUCACUUCAUUUGCAUCUCCUUAUUUGGCUUAAUCAUGACUUGAAGCCUGCUGAUAUGAAGAACAAACUUCAAGAUCCAAGUUUUCGUGAAAAUUUGAUAGCAUAUUUAGAAGAUAUCAUCAAAGAAGAUCUAGAUGAAUUCAAAGAUAAAUGUGUCUUCGAGAAUUUAGAUGCUUUACGUACUAUUGAUUUAGCAGGUUUAGAAGAAAAUACAAAUGAAUAUGAUAUUCGGUUGACGCCGAUGAAAGAACAAUCUUCUCCAUCAAUUCCUUAUGCUUCUCCACAACGCACUAAAUUAUUACAAACACUAAUACACGAUCAAUCAAUAUCUAGUAUGGAUGUUUUAGAUAUUCAAUCAAGGCUACCUCCGGCAUGUUUGUCUACUCCAAAUCCAUCUUUACCUAACUUUUGGUCACGAUUUUGUGCUGAUGUGACAUAA